AUGCGUUAUUUUUAUUUCAUUUGGGUUUUAUUACUAAUUUUGUCAGACAAUGUAUCAAUUUUUGCUUUAAAAUGUUAUAAUAGGCAUCCUGUUAAAACAUAUAUAGUGGUUAAUUUAAAGGGGCAAAAUAAUAAUUUGAUAGGGAAAUUGUUAAAAAAUGAAGCAACUCAAAAAAAUAGACAAAAAGAAUUACACCUUAAAAAAACCCAAAAAGUUAUGUCCCUUUUACGUAUAAAAGGUAAUAAAGAAGAUGACAUUACGUAUGAAGAGAUCGAAGAGUAUUUAAAAAAUGAGGAUAUAAAUAAUUCAGACGAAGAUGAUGGGAAAAAAGAAAUAAUGAAAUUAAUCAAUUAUAUCCCAACUUUGAAAAAUGAAGAAGAAUUUUUUUCAAAAUAUGGUUAUAAAACUUUUAAUAGCAAAAGAGGAAACAAAAAUACUAUAGAAUAUUAUUUAAACGAAAUGAAAAUUUUAAAAGAAAAAAAGGAAAAAAAAAAUUAUAAUAUCCUUAAUUUGAUUUUAUCUUAUUAUCUAAAACACCCAAAUGAUGAAAAUAAUCUCCCUUAUAAUAAGUAUUAUCAAAAUAUCCAAUCCUAUUAUUACUACAUAAAUAGUUUGAUUAGUCGUCAAGACGAGUUCCUUUCCUCAUUUACAGAUCGUUUGGAUAAAAAGGAAAAUAUUUUUUAUAGAACAGGACUUUGCAAUUUCUUAUCAUUUUAUCUGAAAAAUGUGAGUAUACUAAAGUAUGGGUCUUUUUUUUGUCUAAGUGGUAUAUUUGCAUUUUUGUUGAAAGGAAUAAUAAGAUAUAUAAAGUUUGAAGAUAUGUUUUUAUUACAAAAUUAUUUUAAAUUAAUAUAUUCAAUAAAAAGUUUAUCAAUAUAUAAAAUAGGAAUAUUUUCAAUAUUAUUUAAUUCGUUAUUUUUGAAUAAAUAUAAUCAAUAUUUUUCAAUAUCAAAUGAUUUAUUUGGAAUGUUAUUUACAAAUUAUUUUUUUUAUGAAGGUAUAAAUAAUUUAACAAAAAAAAAAAUUGAAAAUUUUAUGGAUAAAUAUAAUUGUACAAAAGAAGGCAUAUUUAAUUCUUUAAAUGAUUUAUUUUCACAAUUUUUAAAUAAACAAAUAUAUAUGGAAAAAGAAAUGGAUGAAAAAAUAAUUUAUAAUAUAAGUUCUUUUAUUAAGUUGUAUAAAAAAUUAUUUAUUAAUAAUAUAGACAAUAUCAAAAAUAUUACAUUUUUAGUUUUGAAUAAGUAUAAUGUGUAUUAUACGAGUGUAGAGAAUAUUAAUAAAACGAAUAGUGAAGCACUUUCGCGAAUAUGUUACAUAUUUUAUAUAAUUAAUAUUUUAUUAAAAUAUAAUGUAUCUUCUCUACAAAAUCUUAACCUUAUAAAUAAUAAUGAAUAUAACAUUCCUAUGUUUAAGAGUAAUAAUAAGUUAUCCAACUAUUUUUUGUUAACCUCCAUAAAGGACCAUUUGAGGAUAAAUGAAAAUGUUAUCAAUGAUUGCAUACUCGAUCGGAUGAAGAAAAACUACGAAAAACAUAUAUCCUCACUUAUCGAAAAUAAAAACUUGUCUACAAAUAUUUUUGAUGAUAUUAAAAAAUUGGAUUUUUUAACUCUUGACAAAAGUAUAAUAAAUGAAGUAAAUUUGUCUAUUUUUAAUAAACUAGUAAAUGAUAUUUUGGAAAAAAAAAAUUAUGAUACACCAUAUUUUAAGCAUAACCAAUUGGCUAGUAAAUAUAAUGAUGAUUUUAGUAACGUAAAAGGUAAUAUUAUUGAGGAUACAGGUUCAACUAGCCAAUUGAUGGAAGAUAGUGAAAUAAAUGAAGAUGAACAAUAUUUAAAUAAUAAUGUAAUAAAAGACGACCAAAAAUCAAAAGAUAAUGAUGAUGAUAUUGAAAAGUAUUACAGUGAAAAUACAAAUUACGAAGAAGAAGAAAUAGAAGAUAUUGGAGGAACAGACACAGAAAUAUAUGAUGAUAAUGAAAAUAUAGAUGAACGGAUGUACAAAUAUAUAGAAGAUAGUGUCGAUUAUAUAGUUGAGGGAAAUGUAAAAAAGGAUGAAAAGAAUCAAGAAACCAAAAGUUCAAAUGGAAAAAAUAACAGCAAUAAAAGUGAUGAAGGAGAAAACAAAGAAUUAGAAACAAUGCUCAAAAAAAUAAAAGAUAUACAUAGUUUUCGAAAAUAUUUAUCAAUUCCUAAAGAAUUCGUAGACAAACAAUUAGAAAAAUACUUAUUCCCAUAUAUGAAUAAAGAAUAUAAAAUAUUUCUUAAUAAUUUAAUUUUUAAAAAUUUUAAAAAUAAAAAUGAAAAUUUAUUCUUUUUAAAGAAUGGAAUAACAUUAAGUUCUGGAUGCACUGAAAAUAUUAUAAAAAAUAUUAUUCUUGAUUUUGUUAUUAAAACUAAGGAGAAUAUUAACAUUUUUUUUAAACUAAAUAAUAUGGACAAAUGUUUAAAACUUGUUCUCAACUUAUUUUAUGUUUAUAAAAGGUUGAAGAAAAAAAGAAAAUAUAUUAAAACGAAAAAUAUGAUUCUUAACUUGGAAAAUAUAUUUUCUCAUAAUUCAUUUAAAGGUCAAACUUUCGGAAAACAAGAAAUUCCCUCAGAGACAACCAUAACAACUCCAGUAACUGAUUAUACUGAUGGCACUUCCAUUUUAAACAAGAUUAGCGAUACAAAGAAAAAUAAUGUGAAUGGGAAUAUCGCAAAGGAAGUUGAUAUUGAUAUAAGUUUUCCUAAUCAAAAAGAGGAACUUUUAUAUAACGAAAACUUCGAAAGAAACAUGCAAGAAGAGGAAGAAGGCGAAGAAAUGCUUUCAAUAGAUGAACGAAAGAGAUUAUAUGAAAUUUUUGUUUUAAAAUAUAUGAAAAAUAAAUCAGAAAGAAAUAUAUUCAAAAAGGUUUUCAAAUUGGAUAAUGUAGAGACCGACAAAGAAGUUGAGGAUAAUAUUAUUAAAAAUUUUUUAGAAAAAGUUGUGAAAAUUAAUUUAGAAAAUUUAAAAAAACUAGACAGUGAUUUGGGAAUAAUAAACAAUGAAAGUUUAUUUGAUUAUAAGAACUUGGACUUUAUAGAGAAAUUAGAAAAAGUAAAAAAAAAUAAUAAGCAUGAUAGCAAUGUAAAUAUAAACAAAUACAUAAUUAAAAAGGAUGAUAUUUUUGAAUAUAUAGAUGAUGAAUCAUUUGAAGAUAUAAGUAAAAAAAUGUACAUAAAUAAGCUACUAUUAUUAAAAGACAAUCUUUAUAAUAAUCGAAAAGAUUUAUAUUUAUAUGAAAUUAUAUUAAACAUAAAUAAUUCAGAAGGAAUACAUGAUAUAUAUUUAAUUGAUCAAUAUGAAAAAAUGAUAAAUGGCAUUAUUAAGACAAAUUUAUUAAACAAAAAUUAUACAAAUAUUAAAAAUAUGUAUUUAAAAAAAAUUAUUAAUUUUCUAAAUAUUUCUGAGCAAAUGGCUACAGAUGUAGAGUUAAGGUGCAUAUAUGAUCAUAUAUAUUCUAUAUUUUUAUCCAUUAAGGAAAAUUUCUAUAUAUAUAAAACUGAUUCGGAUUUUUUUAAUAAUAUUAAUGAAAUACUGACUAUAUAUAACAACUAUGAUCUUAUCAAAAAAAAUGGGGAAGGGUAUCUUCUUAAGUUUGCACUAAUAGAAGCAAAUCACAACCUUCUCCAAAAACUAAUCGAGCGAUAUGUUUUGUAUGUAAUUGAUAUUAUAAAUAAUGAAAAUAAAUUGUCCUACAAAGAAAAUAUAUUUAAAUUAGCAAAAAUUUUGAACGUCAACAAUACAAUUAUAUCUGAUAUCGGCGCAAAAAUAUACAAGAAAUAUAUAGAAAAUCAGGAGCUUCACGCAAUGAAUAAUAUGGAUGUAUUUUUCAACUUUUUAUUCAACAUGGAUAAAGGAAAACAAGUGGAAAUAAUAUUAGAUUAUUUAAGACAAAAGGUGCAAAUUCAUUUAAACUCAAACGAGAGUUAUCAAGAAAAGUUACAGAAGUUAUAUGAUCUGUUAAAUUUUAUAAAUAAUAAUUUAAAGCUUAAAAAAAAUAUUUUUGAUUUUUAUCAUCAAAAUGGGGAAAUUAUUUAUGAAUUUUUGAUAUCAUGUAUUGAAGACUAUUUGGAUAGGAAGAAAUCAACUACCUUUAUUUCUUCUCAAAGUGAUUAUAUGAUGCAUUUUAACAAUUUUUUGAGCAAAAUUAGGAUGCUAAUAAAAGGCCCUGAAGAAAACUCUCAUUUCACACGCGCUCUAAACAUAUUGAAAAAAUCCAUUAUCAAAAAGGCAAUUAGCUUUAUGGAAAAUUUUAAAUAUGACCUAUGUGUAGAGAAACUAUACAACUUCAUUAAACUCCAAAUGAUAGAUAAUACCUUUGUUUUAUCCGAUAUAGAUAUCGAGCAAAGAAAAAAAAUGGUUAAUAUAUUUUCCUAUCAAAACAUUGAUGAUGAGAAAAAGCACUUAUACAUGGAUAUUCUCAAUAAAGCUUUGCUGUAG